GAAACCCUCAUAUAAAUACCAAACAUAUAAACACUAAUACAAAACCAUGGGAGGCGGCGUCGGUAUCGACAGGGAACAAGGAAGGAGCGCUGAAGACGAGUGACAGACCGGUCAAGCAGUGUAGGACGGCGACCCACGGUGGUUGGUGUACCAAUACAUGGAAGAGAAAGCAGUGAUCCGCCGAUGCAUGGAAGUUGAAGGUUCAUCAUUGGAUAUGAUAAACAAUCUUCCACCAAAUAUAAUACAAGCAAUGUUAACUUUUCUCCCAGUGCGAGAUGCAUUCAAAACAAGCAUUUUAUCUCAAGACUGGAGGUAUCAUUGUGUGAACAUGCCUAAACUCAAGUUUGAUGAUGAACUCUUUCAAAAAUUUCCUUACAAUCACUUAUCCAACCGAUGUAAACUCUUACACAUUGUGUGCCCAAUCUUGUUGCUACACCAUCGCCCAAUACUUGAGUUCUCCCUUUCUGCUUCCCAACUAAGCAGUUGUUGUGAGAUUGACCAAAUCAUCCUUCAUCUAUCAAGAAACCCUACCUUGAAAAGCUUUACUCUUUGCAUUGGGUCAGGAAAAGACCAUAAGUUGUUGUCAUCAUUCUUUAUGUUGCAACAAUUGACACAUUUAAACCUCCAAAAUUGUACAUUUCAACCUCCAUCAAAGUUUUAUGGAUUCGGUAUGCUCACGAGUUUAUACUUUCACAAUGUCGGCGUAACUGUCAAAGUUCUUCUCCGUUUUAUCUUCAAUUGCCCGUUACUUAAGAGCUUCACUUUGAUAGAAGAUGAAAAACAUGCUAUUGGAAGUUGGAAUUCUGACUUUGUUGAGCUAUUUGAGUGUUUACCAUUAAUUGAACAUUUGCAUAUGAGUUCGUAUCCGGUUAAGUGCUUUGCUACAGGGGCGAUGCAACAAAAGCUUCCGUCUGCACCUGUCCACCUUCGAGUUCUUGUAUUAUCUGGACUGCGAUUUGGGAAAGAAGUUGAGUUACGUUCUGCUCUUUUUUUUAUUACAAGCUCCCCAAAUAUACAGAAAGUUAUAAUGGAGGUAUGCUACUCAACAGAAGUUUCUUCGAUCAGUCUUGAGGCGGAAGAUUACAGCUACAUUAGCUUUGAUCAUCUGCGUGAAUUAGAGAUAAGGAACAUGAGCAACAUAAGGCCAGAAAUGGAUUUUGUGAAGCUUAUCUUGGGGAAGUCACCUAUGCUAAAGAAUGUGGGAAUAAUAAUCGAUAGUAGGGUUUCUAUUAAUGAAGAAGUUAAAAUGUUAAGAGAGUUGCUACUAUAUCAACGUGCAUCAACUAAUGCAAAGAUCGUAUUCGGGCGUCCACGACCAUAACUUGUGUUUCAUCAUAUUAAUCUCGUCUUUUAUUUUGUUUUUUGGUUUGGUUAUGAUUGUAGAUAUGGUUUGUGAUUAUUGAUUUUCAUAAUGUUUGAAGCACCCUUUGAAGCUUAGUUAUGUUAGCUAAUUGGAAGUAUGCACAAUUGCAAGUAAGACCUGUUGCGUUUAGUUAGUUAAGCCUUUGAGUUUAAUGGUUUUAAAAUUAGGAUGGAUC